CUGGGUGCGUUUGAGGUCUCAACAGAGCAUACGAUAAGCCAGAACAAAGAUCGAUCGAAGCUUAAACCUUCCUCGUAGAAUCAUGAGAUUCUAACAGAGAUUAAUUCAUGCCAAACCUUCUCACUAGAUGGGUAGAUUUUGUGGGAUCUCCUAUGCGUACUGCCACUAUCUAGAUUUUGUACGCUGAUACGCAAUACAUGGAAGCUUUUGAAAAAAUAGCCAAAACCUGUAUGGACUAGAAAUGGAGAGUAGGUCAUUAACAAAUUACGACACACAUUGUCUAUUGCAAUAAGACAUAUUUCCUAGUUACAGAGUAGUGGGGGCCUAGCCGCAUCUACUUUACCUUCCGGUUUCAUCCCUGUAUUACUUGAUGGGUUUUUGCAAAUUUUGUUUGUGUUAAUAGGUUUCUAUCCGAACGAUUCUUUGAGCAUCAUUGUUUUUAUGCUAUAAACCUGUACACUGUCCCCUCAGUAAACUGUGACUAAGCAGGAAAUGAUUCUCAAGAGGAGAGGGAGAAUCGAAGAUCAGAAAAGCAGAUGUGCCGACAAGCCAACUAUGCAAAGGGAAGGGUAGGACCAGAAAUCAAUAUUGCAGGAGGGCGAAGCGGUCGACUGAAAUGAUUUUCUUGUGUAACAUGUGGCCAUAGGGACAUAGGAGAAUCUGAUUUUCGCACCGAGGCAGCAUGAAAACUGUUUAUGCUGUGUCAGUCUUCAUGGAUGGCCAUCCAAGACCCACGCGAUUUCUUCAGCCUGUCGUCGUCGUAGUCGUCGUCUCGCCGGAGCCAUCGCCAAGGCCAUGCCCGGCCCGCUCGCCCGCCCUACAUUCCCUUCCGACAGGCGAACUGCACAAAGAAGCCUCUUGUACUCAAACGAAAUUCACCGCCGGGUUUCGUGACGGGCGUAGCCUUGCUUUGACCAUGGUAACGCGAGAUGCCUCGGCAGUUUCUGCCGCAUUCUGCAAAGCGCGUGGGCCAUUUCACGUCCUCAUGAGCACAGGGCAGUACCGCAAGCAAGUACCGGGAAGAAUCGAGAUCGGUGCAAUCGGGACGAACUAAUGGCAGCUUGUACCGCGAAAUUAGAUUUUAUCUUCGAAGCUUAGCGCGAGAGGACUAUCAGAUUGGCGCGGGUGUCCUGCCGGCAGCUCUUCGUGGGACAACUCGGCGAAUCUUCAAAAC